UAUUUUUUAGGAUUAGUCGCCCGUUCGAUUAUCCCAGUUAAGCACAUGCUUUUCGAACAUUUUUAAGUAUCAGGUUGGAAAAUGUUUAAAGUUAUCUCAGUUAUUUUGGUGGUCACCCUAUGCGCAAAAUCUGCCUUCAGCAAUGCAUUCGAUGACCUAUCUCUCCCCUGUAAAAUGAGCUUUGUCGAGGACUUCAAGUGGUCAAUGAGCGUCAUGGACACGCUUUGUGGACUCGGUCGGCACAACGAUACAAUUUCGAAAGGAUUUUACGCUUGUUAUAACGAUGCAAUCAUUCCGGGAGCCACACAUUUCAAGACGUGUCAAACCCAAGUGUUCGGAGUACAGUUGGACACCGAGGUUAAUAUCGACACCGUUUGCGCAAACUAUAAAAUUUCACCGAUUUUACUUAGCAAAUAUUUCAUGUGCCUUGUCGACCAGCUCCCGUUAGGACCGACCGUGUGCGAAAAUACUGCACUGUGGAAAAUGAAUGUUUGCCACCGAAUCGUACUUGGUCCAAUUCGUGUCAAUGUUCGAAGGUCAGAUGCAGUUAAUUGGUUCGCCAACUGAUUCCUUCGCCUGGUUGAGAAUACAUGUCUGAGCUGCCAAUAAAAUUUAAGAAUUGUGCAUGAUUAUUUUUUACCUGA